CCAGUAGGGUUUCCUCUUAUCAGUAAUCACAUUCACAGUCACAAACAACCGCAAUUAGGGUUACCACCACAACCGCAAUUUUUACUUUCUCAGCCAUGGAUCUCACCAAGAAACGCAAGGCCGAUGAGAACGGAAGAGCGUAUCCCUUAACCGCCGAUCUUGGGAACCCAAUGGCCGCCGUGCCGCCGUCUUCGAUGGGCAUCCUUGCUCCCGAAGACGCAGAGAAGAUCCUCGAGCCCUUCACCAAGGAGCAGCUCCUUCCGAUUAUUCGCGCCGCCGUGCUCCGCCACCCCGACGUCUUGGAGGCCGUGCGCGCCGUCGCCGACGCCGAUCCCGUCCAGCGCAAACUCUUUGUCCGCGGCCUCGGUUGGGAGACCACGACGGAGAAAUUGCGUCAGGUGUUUUCCACUUAUGGGGAACUGGAUGAGGCGAAUUCCAUCGUAAUUACCGAUAAGAAUACCGGGAAAUCGAAGGGCUAUGGGUUUGUAACGUUUAAGCACAUCGAUGCUGCGAUAUUAGCAUUGAAGGAGGCCAAUAAGAAGAUUGACGGGCGAAUGACGGUGACUCAGCUUGCCGCUGCUGGAAAUUCAGGUAAUUCUCAUUCUAGUGAUGUAGCGUUGAGGAAGAUUUAUGUUGGUAAUAUUCCGUUUGAGAUUUCCUCUGAGAGAUUGUUGGCUCACUUUUCGAUGUACGGUGAGAUUGAGGAAGGGCCAUUAGGAUUUGAUAAGCAGACUGGAAAAGCCAAGGGUUUUGCCUUUUUCGUGUAUAAGACGGAGGAUGGUGCGAAGGCCUCAUUGGUAGACCCCAUGAAAACUAUCGAUGGUCAUCAGCUUGUGUGUAAGUUGGCUACAGAUAACAAGAAACCGAAGCCUAAUGCUGGACCACCUGGCGGAAUGGCUCCUGGUAUGCUGAAUUCUGGGCCUAUGGGUAUACCGCCACGGAAUUAUGGUAUGGGAGGUUAUAUGGGAUACGGCCCAGGGCCUAACAUGCCUCAGCCACCGCAGCAGGGUGGAAUGGUGCAUCAGAAUGUAGGCUACAACGCUGCAGUGGGUGGGCCUGGAGGACCCGGAGGUCAAGGUUAUGGUGGUGGAUAUGGAGGUGGUGCAUCGGGGUAUGAUGGAGUAGGUGGGGCUGGAGCCGGGGAGUAUGGUGGAGGCAUGGGUAGUGCUGGGGGAUACAGAAUGCCUCCUAGUAGCUUGGGAAUGCAGGGAUCUGGGGGUUACCCUGAUAGUGGGAGCUAUGGGCUUCAGUCGGCGUAUCCUCCGCAGCCAAACCACCCUGCUGGUCCAGGGCCUAGACUUCCAGCCUACCAGGGCAUGCCACCAUAUUGAGGUAUUUGACAGAUUCUUGGGCGCAAAUGUUUUAAAUGGUUGUGGUGAUUAUGUGAUUCCCGACUGUGAAAUCUUUGGUUGAUAAAUGGACUGCUGUAGAUCUUUGGAUGCUCAACCUACUUGUGGAUUUAUGAGCUAUAUUUGUGCUAGAAUGGGCUCAAAGUUGUUACUUGAGACUUGCUGUAUUAUGUGAUAAGUGGCUCUGAAGUGUUCUAAACAUGGGUUUGCUCUUUAAUGCUGAGCUUUAGUUUUAUCUCUGCUGGGUUUUUGUUUCUAGUUCAUUGUAAUACCUUUUUACCAGUCAUUUUUACGGAUGUUGCUUA